GUUCGCGAGGGAAAUUAUAGCGCGAUAGCGUCGCGAGCGAUCUCAUAGAAACCGUCCGAAAGGUUUAUAUUUAUAGUGGAGGUUGCUUCUCUCUUUAAGCGCGUUCUCCACGCUCGUUUCUUCGUCUCGUUUCGCGCUCACCGAGGGACGCGGAGGAAACCGCGAAAUGUUGGCUCUGCUUUAAUAAACAUAAUCGAGAUGUAGAAGGAAAAUAGAAUUUGCUAAUUUGUAUAUAAAAUUGAAAAAAAGUAUCGGAAAAACGGUACGCUUGUUAAAUUAGAUAAAGCGAACGCGUGACAAAUGCUUCUUUGACGUUCCGGAGAGACUUGUCACAUUUCAAUAAAUAUAUAAGGCAUCGACAUUUUACCACCCGCUACAAUUCUUCAAUUAUUAUUGUUGUCAGUAAUCAUUGAGAGAGAAUUGUGAUCAUGUCGAAGAUAACGGGCUAUGACACGCACGACGAUGGACCAGGAUUCGUGGGUAUUAGAUUUUGCCAGGAAUGUAACAAUAUGUUGUAUCCUAAAGAGGAUAAAGAGAACAAGGUGCUCAUGUAUGCAUGCAGAAAUUGUGAUUUUAAGCAACUGGCGGACAGCAAUUGUAUCUAUGUGAACAAAAUCAUGCACGAAAUAGAUGAACUGACACACAUUGUUGCUGAUGUAAUAUCGGAUCCAACAUUGCCAAGAACCGAAGAACAUCCAUGCCCAAAGUGCAAUCAUAGAGAAGCUGUAUUUUUCCAGGCACAAACUAGACGAGCUGAGGAAGAAAUGAGAUUGUAUUAUGUGUGUACAAAUCAACAUUGCUGCCACAGGUGGACAGAAUAAAUAAUAUCUGGUGUCUCCC